UGGUGUUAGUAAGAGGAGCCGAACCGACCAGCACUAAACCAUAGCUGUUUGAAGAUGGCGGAGGGUGAACUGAACGUGGACAGCCUCAUCUCUCGGCUUUUGGAAGGUGAACUAUUUCUAAACGCUCUUCAGUGUCACAUAUGGUUGUCUUUUAACGCUCUUACGUCGUGGUGUAGGCUUAAGACUAGAGGUGGUGCGGGUUGCUCACAAAACGCAGCAGGAAAUGUGUUAGCAUUGAGGCUAACUGCAGCCAAUAGUAACGGUGCGCUCCCCCGGCUAGCUCUCGUUAACGCUCCUGUUAGCUGGUCGUGUUUAUAAACAGACAGCGGUGAACGCCUACAUUUGUCAGGGUUUGCUGUGUUAUCUUAGUAUCGUUACUGUUCGUAAGGGUAUUUGAGCUUGCUGUGGUUUAAAUUGAGUGUUGAAUAUAAGUCUCGGCCCGUGUUUUUUUUUUUUUUUGGUCGUAUUUUGGGUCAUAAUUUUUGACAAUAUGUGCGGCGGGUACAGUGUGUUUCGAGCAGCAGCAGAGGUUGGGACGUUUGUCGUGUGGCAUUGAUCUAAAGGUUCCUACUGAGUUAAACCAAUGUUACAGUAAUUUUUGGAUAAACUACGCUAUAAACACAGAUUUUACACCUGUCCUUUUAACCUGAAUGAUUAAGGAAUGCUCUUUAAGUUAAAAUUGUAACAAUUCUUUUAGUGCUCUGGUCCUUUUUUAAGUGAAUCUGUUUGGAAAGAUGAGCUGAAGGACUAUGCAAGAAUUACUUAAUAUUUAUGACCAACUUUUCUAUCUGAUAUUGCACAUUAUCAUGUGUUAUCCUUAACAACGCACUAUGUACACCUGUGCAGUAAAAUACAACCAAAUAAAACAGUUGGUCCACAAUUUCUAGUUUCAGAAAGCUGCUAAAUUUUCAUACAUGUGAUUAUUAUACUUUAUAGGGGACAUCUUUGUUAUUAACAAGAUUUUUUCCUGUCUGUUUUAAAGCAUCUGUACUAAAAACAAAAGAAACUAGAGAUUAGUUCAACAUUUUAUUAACAGACAAAGUAAAUAACCAAGCAAAUUGAAUGAGAUACACUUCGAAAAAUAUAAAAAACCCAUUUUAACUCAACAGUACAACAAAAGUAGAUAAAUACUAGAUAAUACAGUGAACUAGUUUACAGUCCUGAGUUUUUUUGCAGGUAUGCAAGAACCAAAAUAAACAAAUCGCCCCCUCAGGUAUAUAAAAGAUGCCUUAAAAUGUAAACAUUAGAUGAUGUAAACAUCAUUUCAAACACAUUUGUUGUGUUGUCGGUUUUUGAGGGCACUGAUCAACUUACCCCACACAUGGGGUGAGUUGACCAUAGGAGACCACUUUUUUUGGUAUGGUGUAUUAUCAAGACAGUUAUGUUUACACUCAUUCUGACAUACACUUCAUACACUAGUUCGAGACAAAACUAUGAUUGCGUUGAUGUAGCGAUCUGAAAUAUAAAAAAAUGGCUCAUCUUACCCCACUCUCCCCACUUCAUUUUCAAAGACACAGUAGGUGGUGGAGGUGUAAUUGCCUGUGUCUGAUUAAAAUGUGGUCCUUAUAUUUUUCUCACUUCUUUAGCAAAAGUGAAGAACACUUUUCAAUAUAAUGCGCUCUAGUGUACCACCAAUGAGAUGUAAUCAGACAAAGGAUGUUAAAAGGAUUUAAGUUGAUCUUGUGUUUUCAUGGUUUAUCAAGUUAUUGCUGUUAUUAUGAUGUAUUUGGAAUCACAGGCUUUAUGUGCAGAAGACAGGGCGAUGUGAAAGGCUCUCUCUGUGUUGACGAUUCACCUGCUCGAGAGAAGGCAAGGACUUUUCUGUUCCCUUGUGAGGUUUCAUUUGAGUCAGAGCAGACCACUAAGGCAGAUUCAGCUGUCCUUGGCAUACUUUCCACAAGUAUCUGCGCAGGGAUGACACACUAUGCCAGCACUGAAAUACGAAGAUUUCUCUUUUGUAUAGUUAAUUGCUUGAAAUUGUGCUGUGCGAACACUUCCUUGUGUUUCAUUUUCAUGUGUUUUUUGCUGCCAAGUAGUGAAAUUACUUGGAAAUAAACAGCUUUUUGUCUUUUAUUCCUAUUCCCGAGAGGAGAACCACGUUUCCAUUUCUCUCUCUGCUGGAAAGUCUGCUUAACCUUCACACAUUGUGUUUUCUUCAUUUAUUUAUUUAUCUAUUACUGCAGACUUUGCUGACAUGAUGUAUGGGAGUUGGACUUCUUUCAUAGGUGGUCAGUGUUGCUGCGAUAUGCAGGGUGCCAGAUGGUGAUUGUGUCCUGUUUGACUUUUUUUUUCUUUGUUUUCCUGCUCAUAACACGAGCAACAACACAUGACUAAUUGAUUUGGAAGUUCUUGUUCCAUCUUGGCUUUUACACCUAAUUGCUCAGCACUGAAGUUCGUGUAUUGUCAACUUUUUCAACUGUAGAAAUCCAAGAACAAGUGAAAUUGUUUGGGAAAGUGAUAAAUGACCUUUAAAAAUGCCACCUUAAGAUAUUUCUGUCCUUACUUCACUGUGUAACUUAUCGCCUCUCUGUAUGAGUCUGUAUCAUUUCAGAUGUUACAUCCAGGUCUUGUGCCUGAAUAUAACCUAUAAGAAUAUGUAAAAACGGUAAAGGGUUCAUUGAAACUAUCGCCCAAUCAUUGACCCCUGCUACUCGCUCUAACCGAAGUCAGACUUCCAAAAUUACAGUAAAUUAAACCUUGAAAAAAACUGUCACAAGUUGAGGUUUAAUUUGUUUCCCCAGCUGUAAAUUUCUUGGUCUGUUUUGCAAAAGGCUGAUUUUUUUUUCUAUUUUGAAAUCCUGUUGCAAUUAUAUCAACAGAUCAAAACUCACUGGUCUUGAUUUUCCAAACCAGUAUAUUGAAAAGACCUCGAGCCUUUAUUUUGCAUCCUAGCGCCAUAUUAAAGCUGACCGUACAUUUUUGCUGAAUGAGAAAAUUGUGUCUUGAGGGAAAUCCAAGAGUGCUUAUUCAUUGGAAUUAAACCCUGACGCGACACUUUGCGACUUUCCCCCGCACACGUAAAUUCACAAAAUCAUACGCACAUGCAGCUGUAUGGUUCAAAUCUUUGUCAUUGCUUCGUUUUAGCCUUUGCCCUGCAAUGUUCUUAAUCUCUUUCAAAAAGUGCAAGCCUAUAGAAGUUCAAACAGGGAGAGAUUCAGAGCUAAAGCCCAGCAGGAUAAGAAUCCAGGCUUAACUCGCUGCUCUGAUGAGGCCGUUUGAGUGAAUAGCCCUGCUUCUGCUGUUUCAUGCUUCACACUAUUAGUAUGAAGCAGCGCAGAUACAGUUGAUGGAUUAUAAGCAAAACCAAUGGUGUAAAACAGGACUUCAUUAUGGUUGGUGCAGCCUCAGAAUAGUUUCUGGCUCUUAGAAUCACCAUCUGUGGGGAUCCAUAUUCAUCUGGUUCACUCAGUUCUGUCAGAUUUGGUGGGAUUACAUGACUGAUGAGACUGUGGCAGUGAGGGAGCUGAGUGAAGUGUGUACAUGCAUGCAUACUCUCAAAGAACUUGAGGAAUUUCUCACCAAUACCUUUUUUUGUAAUCAAUAUCCAACUACUCUCCGUUUAGCCGUUCUCUAGUUUUCCUUCAGUACAAAAAGGCACAUAGAAGAAGGGUUCAGACUUGCUCACAGACCAACAUCCAUUCGUUUCGCUUGGCUCAGCUGUUCUUUAGUGCAGUCUUAUGUGGGUGUCUAGCUUAAAGGCAAUACCAAAAUGGUUAGUUAUUACAUAAUACCUCAGCCAUGGAUGUGUUCAUCUCUUGUCUCCGCCUGCAGUGCUUCUUCUACACACAGGGCUUUGCUUUUUGUGACGUCAAACCAAAACCUAAAGGAGUGAUGUGUACACGGCUUAAUUACAAUCCAACCAUUAUCUACUUAACAAGUAGUUACGGGGAAUGAGUCAGUGUUAUAUAAACAGUAUGAAAACCAGAGACGUGCCAGUACACCCAGAACGCUUUCAACUACUGAACACAAUAGCAGAUGUCAAUUCAAGAAAGAGAAAGGAUACCCCAACUAGGGCUUACCGAUUUACAGAUACCAAAAUUUACGACAAUAACCAACGUCAUUUUUUGGUAUCAAAAAAAUAAAUUAAUGAAAGUUGGUUUUGGACGUGACUCCGAGGAUUGUUCAAAGGUUGUAGCGGCUAAAGUAGACGAAGUUAAUGUGGGAGGGGGUGAGCAGCUUGUGGAGUAGUUAUCAUCUAUUUAUUGUUAUCGAGGGGAACUGCUCAAUAUAUCGUGAUAUUGAUUUGAGGCCAUAUCCUCCAGCCCUAACCCCAACUAUUGUCGUCUUUUUUUAGCACCUUUAUCCUUGUCAUCUUUUACACCCAACUCCUGACAGUGGUAGAUGAGCAGACUCUGGUUUUACCCCAUAUACAUAUUCACAGUAGGGCCCGACCAAUAUGGAUUUUUUGGGGCUGAUGCCAAUACCGAUUAUUAGGAGGAAAAAAAUCUUAUACUCCGCAUUUUAUUUCUGAAAAUAUCGGCAAAAAUUGGCGACUUUUGGCCAAUUAUUGAUUAGUCUUAAACGGGCUAAAAUUGGCCAAUUUAAUCAGCUCGCCGAUAACUCUGUCGGGCCCUAAUUCACACAACUGGAAUAGAUGUAAUAAAACUGACUUUUAUUAUCCAGUGCCCCUCAGCUACCCUACCAUUGCACUCAGCUUUGGCCCAUAAGUGUCCAUGAGUAGUAAAAAUCUUCCCAUCAUUAUUUCCAGCUACUACGUGAGUGCGUAUAUGAAAGCUGUUCAAGCUGGGAUAGUUCUAGUGACAGAUUUUGGUAACACCAGUAGUGUGAUAGAAUCUGGUUGUUUGUGGAACCUGAAGUGCGCUAUCUGAAACUUGGCUUGUUAAGAUAAGACACAGACGCUUGUAGGUGUUGUCUUGUUUUUAUCCUUUAAAGGGCUCCAACUUUUCACGAGGUGCUACUAAAUAGGCAGAAGAGAUCAUAAACCAACUGCAACAUCAGAUGUAUAAAUUGCAGACCUUUGAGACUCGAUAAUAGUUUACUAUCUUUUUGAGGCCACAAAGAACCAAAACAGUUUAUUUUUUAAGUAUAAUCACACCUGUCACGCUCCGACUCUCUUGGUUGCAGAUCAUACUGCCAAAUGCGAUCCUCUCUCCUUUUUUCAAUAUUUGUGAGGCAGACCUGUACUCGAAACUACAGCAAAAUGCAAGAAAGUAAACUUAGGCUAAAGGUGCAACUACACAGCCAAUAAACCCACACCACUGCUGAAGAUGCAAGCUGCACUCAUGGUUUAAGCAGUGGGCUUUCUUAAGCACUGCCAAAAGUAAACAGCUAUAAGCUAUAGAAUCAUCACACCCACACUUUAUCAGAUUUAUAGCUGCUUUGUAAAUCUGCGGGUUUGUAUUUGCUUUAUUUGGAUGGACCCGAUGGUGUUGAGGGGUAAGGCAGGGUGGUGGUGAUGGUGGUGGUGGUGGUGGGGUGUUGGUGCUGACAUUGAAGCUAACAGUUGUUGAAAGCACUGACAGCGUACUUUCUCUCCUCUCCAGUGCGGGGAUGUCGCCCGGGGAAGAUCGUCCAGAUGACGGAGGCUGAGGUGCGGGGCCUCUGCAUCAAAUCCAGGGAGAUCUUCCUCAGUCAGCCCAUCCUGUUGGAGCUCGAGGCACCCCUGAAGAUCUGUGGUCAGUGUCGCACGUUUCUGCUUCUAUUUUGGGUUAUAAUCGUCUCAUCAUGUGAUACUAUCUAACUCAGUGUUUCCUCUGAAGCACGUCCGACCAGAUUGGACAAACUAUGUGCCAAAGAAUAAAGUAUUUUACACACUAAAUGUAUACAGACAGUAUAGGAGCAAAGUAGUGCACAUUCGCAGGCAAACUCUAGCUCAAUAUUUGAAAUGCUAACCACUAUCACUAUCUCUCUUUUGGGGCUGCACAUCUCUGCACACACUCCCACGUGCUUUAUCUCGUCCCUGCAGUGUAGCGCUGAAACUGCAAACAACUCCGAGCUGUCUAAUAUAUAUAUAUGCCAGUCCUUGAAAAUACAGUACACAAGCUCACAUGCGUAUAUGCUCAGGCCUACACACACUUCAUUUGUUACUGUCUCAUUCCACUUUCCUCCCACGCAUGUUUACUUUGAGGUAGUUUUAAUGCAGGCGCUUUACUGUAUCAUCAUCAUCAGGCGGCUGCUUUUGUGUAUUCAUUUGCAUUAUUGCAUGAUUAAUGGUAUUACCAAUAUCUCUGACCUUACCCUUACCCUGAUAACAGACUAUUUACAGCCUCAAAUGCCCUCAGCUCUAUAGACCUUACCCCGGCACAUGAAUGUAAAAUAUGCAUGAGUCCGAGGCGGUGUUAUGCGUCACCAUGUAAGGUUUCUUUGUCUCUCGUCUUUGUUUCGUUGCCCAAUGUAUAACUCCAGACUGAUUACCUGCUUUUAACCCCACGGCUGUGACGGCAGCUUUCAGAUCACCUGCACUGACUAUAAAGACCAAACAGUGAAUGCCUUUCAUUAUUCAGGAAGGCCACAUGGAUCAGGUUCUGUUCUCACUCUCUCUUUCUCUCUCUUUCUUUCUCUCACAUGUUAACUAAUGACCCAAGCAGUUUCGACGCUUUCACAUUGAUUUAAGCGGGGAUGCUUUAAAAUUGGAUUUUUAAACACAGAGCUGUUUAUGGUAAUGGUAAUCAAACCCUCAUUGUGCAAACGUGUCGCACAGCCGUUUUGUUACUAAAAUAACAGCACCCUGCAAUCACAAUCCCCGUGCAAAAAUUGCCAAGCGGCUGUGCUUUAUCUAUAAUAGGAGCUUUCUAAUUUAGAGCAAAAUGUGAUUGAUUUGUUAGCCAGAAGGAUUAGCUGAAGAAAGACCACAAGCAUGCAUUCUUUGUUUACGGUUUUAUGUCGGAGUCAAAAUAGAACACCUAUAAUUACUUUCCGAGUGUACGUACUGAUUAAAAUAAACAACGUGCAGAAUGAAAAAGGAAGUAUAAAUGUCACUUCUUUGGCUCUUUUCUAACAAAAUAUCGCUGACCUUUCAUCGAAACUUGUCAGAUUUAAGUCUUUGUCUUAAUUGUUGUGUCGCACACUCAUUCAGAUAGACAGUAUUUAUCUUUUUGAUGAGGUGUUAUUUAAUAAAUGUUCUCACACUCAAUAUUCUCAAAGUUGAAAUCAAAUACUGAAUUAUUUUUUCACAGUUUUGCACAUUUUUUCCUGCCUUAGUUUUGGUGCAUGUGUGAAAACAAAUCCUUCAGCUAUUUUGAACAGCAACUGUGAUGGACAGUUAUGGACAGUCUGCCGACUUGCUUAAAUAUUACUCAGUCUUCCCCACACUGGGAUUAUGUGUUUAUAUGUGUACUUCAAACCAGUUGAUUAUCUGGUCAUACAAGGUCAGGCAUUAACACAACUUGAUAACAGCUUUAUCACCAUAAUGAUAGCAUAAUAAAGUCAUUAAUAUUGCACCAGGCAGGUUUGACUCUAUUGGUUUGUCUGCAGCCGGUGCCUUUAAUGCAUAUGAGCUUCUUGAUUUAUAACAUUUGUGAUGUGCAGUUUGACCUCAAGUAAACAUCCAGAUAAAUUCAACAUUGACCCCUUGUUAAAAAUGAUGAAUGAGGUUUUUUUUUUUUUGGUUGUGUGUGUUUGUGUGUUCUUGUUAUUGCCCUUCCUUUGUAGUUUAUGGCCCUCGGUCUUUUAGCUAUUUUUAGAGAAGUCCAUAAAUUAACUAUUAAUUAUUGAAAUUCUGGAUGUAUUCAGCAGUUUCACAUCUGUAGUAUUUGGUCCUUUGUCUGAGAGAAUCCGAGUUCUUUAUAACACUGGCCGCAGGUACAGUGCUCCAUUUUUUUUCCAUCUCCUUCUUUUUCCAUUUUUUUCUCUUUGCUUUUAAAAACCCUAAACCUCUUCGCUCCCAUUGUCGGACUGUUUUGACAUUGCAGAGGCAGCGCUGAGUAAAUAAUUCACUGUCAUCCUACAAUUCCUUGCGGAAGGGCAAGCAAGGGGGGCUGCCCUGUGGAAAGCCAGCUUUGCUAAAGCUCACAAAUGCAUUCAGUCAUGCAGCAACUCUUAGUGAGGAGUUAAGAGUAGUUAGAGUAAAGCUAACCUGAGGUGACCUUUCUGAAAGCAGAGAUUUCUUAACGGGCAACAGUUAAAUUGGAUCAUUUUACAUCUCUCGUAUAUUUCUGCAGAAUAAAGACAGAGACAGUUUGUCAGGGGAAAACACAACACAGCAAACAAAACAAAUAAAAAUCCGGCUGAGGCAACAGUGGAAAAACUGAGUAACUGUUUUGAGAAAGAGCAUUAUUUUAUGGUCCAGUUUAUCUUGGUUUUAUUACCGGGACCAAGCUCAGUGAAGUUAGGCCUGCUCUUACAAAGUUCAGCCCUCUGACUGUCUCCGCAGAGAUUACAGUCUACGCUGCCACGUCUCUUCAUCCACACUUUAAUCCAAAUGUGGUUUUAAUCCUGCAUUUCAUUUUUUUUAUACCGCAGUGACACGUAGAUAUACAAGUCUAAUUGUUUAUUGUCUCAGGUCCAGUUGUUUUUUGGUAAAGGCUCAAGAAAGAGUUAUUGUCUGCAUACACCCUGUUAUGUAGCAUGUGCCGCCGUCUGCGUCCCAAUUUUGAAAUAAUACUCGGCUCGCCAAAAUGAGUCAUUUUGUUUUGUAUUUUUAGCUUGUCCGCGUCUUCAGGGCUGCUCCUAGCUUAAGCCAGAUAAUUUAAAUUUCAACUGUUUCGAUAAAACUUAUUUUUGAUAUGCCAAAAUUGUGUAUAAUGAAGAACACAUUCCUUUGACAUGACAUGAUGCUAAAAUCAUUGCUUACAUUUGGCAGGAAAUUUAUUAACAAAACAGUACUUUGAUCUCUGUCAAUAGAAAUUGUAGCAUAGGAUCACAGAAAAUAAUAUAAUUACUAUUUAUGAAACUGAAUUGAUAUAAGAAGUUAACAGCAAAAGAAAUGACCUUUGUUUGGAUCAGUUAAACACUGGCCACCAAGGCAUGAUUGCAUGUUAAAGUGAAUCGUGAAUGUACCUUUAUUAAGGUCUGCUGAAACAUUUGCACAUACAACACAAAAUAAAAGUAGUGCUGACAAGUGUUUAUGUUGCUUAGCAACAAUCCAAUCUCAGUUAAAUUCCAGUUUUUGUUGGUGGCUCCAAAUGAAGAACUAAAUCAACCCAAAAUAAAAAUAAAAUUAAAUCUGUUGCUGCUUCAUAUGUUGCAGAAAUUUAAAAUAUGGCUUCCUUUCAUUGGAUAUCGCUGAGAAGAAACCCAACAAGAAAAAAGUACAAGUGCAGGAGACCGAGUCUUUACUGAACCUAACUCUCCGCUCCGAUGGCAUGCUGGAGCUUUGUGUCCAGGGCAAAAAAGAUUGAUGAUGAAAUGUAACCCAACUGGCCAAGCACAUGAACUCCAAUUAUAAUACAGACAUCCAGAGCUGUUCCUUUAGUCAUUCAUUAAGUCAGAGAAAAAUGUGUGUUUUUGUCUACCAUGCUAAAACAUGCAAAAAUAACAAACAGGCCUGUUGUCAGAUAGGUUUGGUGCUUUUUGUGGUUUGGGUUUUGGUGCCUCCAAAUACUGCCAGGCACCAAGAAAUGGAAUAAAUCAUGCCAGCUUCCCUCACAGUACAGAUUUCCCAUUCUUGUUGGUCAUUUAAAUCAAUGAGCCGGACAGCUGCACAGCUGAGGGAAGCCUGUUAUUUCAUUUUAAUUUGUAUUUGUUGCCAUUUUAUAAUGAAGUAUUUCCAUAAAAAGUUCAAGUUUGCCUCUCGAUCUGGUCACCAACAAGCUUGUCAUUAUUGCCCUGCCUUCUCUGCCAAGGCUCCCUGCAGUCAUCUGUGUCUGGAGCACUUAGCCCAAAUUAGAGCAGCUCUUAAAGUUGGUGCAAGAGGAUAAAAAAGGAAGCAGGUCUCAGCUAGGUGAUGAAGUGAGCCUCCCCUGCUGCGAUCCUGCACUUUGGUUAUCGCAGCUCCGACACGUCUCUGCUUGACUGAUGUCAAAGAGAGACAAGGCUGACCCUGAAUCCGAGGAGAGCGGUUCAAAUUAAAGUUUGUGUGGAUAUGUGUAUGAGCCUCCAUUUAUUUUUAUGAUUAACCUGGAUUGCCAGCGUUUUCUCCCUUGGUAGUUCAUCUCCCUUGGGCCAUGGCAUCGAUCUGGCGGCGGUGGUAAUGGCUCACUUUUGAUGUUGUUAUCCUUGGGCUUGCUGAUGUUAUCCCACCAAAGAACAGUCACAGUCAUACAUCUCAACCGUUGACUUGGACCCUCCUUUUCUUACUCAUCUCUCUUGCUCAGGUGAUAUCCAUGGUCAGUACACAGAUCUGCUGAGGCUGUUCGAGUAUGGCGGCUUCCCUCCAGAGGCGAACUACCUGUUCCUGGGCGACUAUGUGGACAGAGGGAAACAGUCGCUGGAAACCAUCUGCCUCUUGUUGGCCUAUAAGAUCAAAUAUCCAGAGAACUUCUUCCUGCUCAGGGGAAACCACGAGUGUGCUUCCAUCAACCGCAUCUACGGCUUCUACGAUGAGUGUGAGUAGGGUAGACAAACAAAAUGGAGACCCCUUGAUAGUUUAUAGACACACUGAAGUUUCUACAUUGUCAGGUUCUAAUACUGUAUCCUAAUUUGUUCAACCAGGCAAGCGCAGGUUCAACAUAAAGUUGUGGAAGACUUUCACUGACUGCUUUAACUGCCUCCCCAUUGCUGCGAUCAUUGAUGAGAAGAUCUUUUGUUGCCAUGGCGGUAAGAGAACCGCAUCACAUAUUUUCUCUCGUUGUCCAAAUUGUACAUAUUUACUAUCCUCUAAAUAUGAACAUUUUUAAAGUAUUUCUAAUCAAAAUGGAACUUCCUCAUUUUCUAUCUAAGGGCUAUCGCCUGAUUUGCAGUCGAUGGAGCAAAUUCGCAGGAUCAUGAGGCCAACAGAUGUGCCUGAUACAGGUAGUGUGCACAUUUUUUUUCCUCCUACUCAUACUUUAUACUGAUCAUGUUCACUUCCUCUGGAUUUUAAGUGUGUCCUAAACUGACAUCACCUAGCCUCCUCGCUGAAAGAAGGACUAUUACAUCAGUAAAUCUCCUGUGUUACAUCAGGAAAGUCAAAUGAUCGGGAGCAAAUUCCUUUCUCCCGUUGCCUUCCCUCCCAGCUCUUUCCUGAUUUUUAUUUCCAUCUGUCCUCUUGUCAGGUCUGCUGUGUGAUCUCUUGUGGUCAGACCCGGAUAAGGAUGUACAAGGCUGGGGAGAGAACGACCGUGGGGUCUCCUUCACCUUUGGAGCAGAUGUGGUCAGCAAGUUUCUAAAUCGUCACGACUUGGACCUCAUCUGCAGAGCCCACCAGGUAAAUCCAAAUUAGUGUUCUGCUAUUUUCAUACUUUGAAAACAAUUGGUAAGUUCAAAUCAAAUCAAAUCAACUUUAUUUUAUAUAGCACUAAUUCACAACAAUCGUCAUCCCAAGACGCUUUCCAAAGAAAAAGAGCAGGUCCAGACCAUGCUCAUUGUUUGAUGAAUUAUCAAGACCCAACCUUAAGAUGGGACUGAUUUGACCUACCUCAUCUAACAUUAGGGACAGUGGCGAGGAGAAACUUCCUUUUAACAGGCAGAAACCUUGGGAAGGACCAGACUCAUGCUAGACAGCCACGAGUAAAAGAGAGGGUGGGAGAGAGAAUAGAAAACGAGGGUGAGAGGGAGGUUACAACAACACGAGACGCUAUGACUCUCCACAACAUAAAGCACCCUGUUCUCCGACACGUAAACAAUUAGCUGGUCGGCCAUGUUGGAUAUACCGGUGAAUCUGACGUCGCAACAACACGCAAUCUGAUUGGUCAGAAGUGGACACACAGUAUCCGAAACUUUAGAAAAAUCGACCAUGAUCCGAAAAAAUAAAUGCUGCAAUAUCGCAGGACGGGAAAAUGUCGCUGAUGUGGACGCUUGUAUUGACAGGAUACGGGUUCAAAAAAAAUAUUGACGUCAGAAAUAAUCACACGAAAAAAACUCUCCCGGUGUGUAAGGACCUUUAAUCUAAUGCUCCGUCUUCAAGGUAAGUUAAAGAAGCUCAGUGGUCGAAAAUACAAUCCAGAAAUGUUACUUACUGCAUCUUUAUCAGAAGCUGCUCCUGAGGCUGACUCCAGAGCUAACCACACAUUCAUGGACCUUUUGACUUCCUUUCUCCUCAUGCAUUAUUCACCAAACUCUUCUUCAGCAUUCAAUUAGUGUCAAGUUUUCUAUACCCAGUGGAGCCUGAUCAGAACAUUUGAUCACUGUGAUAGGAAUGCAUCACUCCAGUAAUGUAGUCAUCAACCAAAUGUCAGGAGAAGGAGUUGAUACUGUUAAAUUGGCCGCAACUGUGAAAGCCCUGCAUUGUUCAGGUCCUGUUGAUUCAGGUGUAGGUGGUUUGGUACGCUCUACCAUGAUAAGAUUCUUAGACCAGCUGAAGAUGGUUGUCCGUAUUGAUCUCUGUGGGAGGAGGAAUAAUGUCAUGUGGUCUUCUCACAGGUUGUGGAGGAUGGAUAUGAGUUUUUUGCCAAACGCCAACUGGUCACACUUUUCUCUGCUCCAAACUACUGCGGGGAAUUCGACAACGCAGGCGGCAUGAUGAGUGUCGACGAAUCCCUCAUGUGCUCUUUCCAGGUAGUGGGACAAAUAUUUACACAUUCUCAUCCUGAUAUCCUUUUGAUAGUGACUCGAGAAGUGAUCUACUGAAUGCAUUUAUCCUCUCUGUGUCUGUUUUUGUCUCACAAAUUAAAGAUCCUAAAGCCCUCAGAGAAGAAGGCGAAGUACCAGUAUGGCGGUGUAAAUUCUGGUCGGCCUGUCACUCCACCCCGCACCACCCAAGCCCCAAAGAAGAGGUGAACGUACAGCCUCCCCUCUCCCCUUCUCUUCCUGUCCGUCCCCGGUCUGCUAUCCUGGCAACCCCUGUAACUCCCAUGUAAGGUGAAGAUACAGGGCUUAUCUAAAUGCCCAAACCUCUCUCCCCCUCUUCUCCCUCUUCUCCCCCUUUCCUUCCCCAACUCCACUGACAGCUCUUUUCUUAAUGUGUAUGUGUACAUAAAUUUGCUGUGACCAAUCUGUUUUUUUUUUUUCUUUGCCUGUUUGUUGGUAUUUUUGAUAUUAUUAACGGAUGAUUUGUGGUUUUACUUCCAAACAUUUGAGGUUUUCUGAGUUUCUGUGUCGUGUAAGGAAAAAGCCCGCUCUGUGUAGAGGGGCACAGUGACUGAGUUAGAAGAUUUCUUUUCCGGUCGAAUAAAAAGACGUUAGAGAUUGAACUUCUUUUUUUUUUUUUUGCCUUGACCUCUCAAAAAGUAGAGAGAAAUCUUCCAGUGUAUUCCAAUGAGACUGAGGUUUCCGUGCAGUGUGAGAAAAAAAAACUUCUCUCAUAUUCUGGUUUAACAGUUGAAGUGCAAUGCAGCAUGUGCGAUGAACUUUGUGUUGUGGUGCACUCUUGAUGUAUUUAACCAUUUGGAAAAGUGCACCUCCCCAUGAGAAGAAAUGAAUGUGAAGAGACCGGCGUGAAUGAAACGUAGAGGCUAAAAUCAGAUGCUGCUGGCAGUGGACAAGCUCUACCCAAACACAACGCCCUCUGGGCAUCGAUACCCCCUUCUAUGCCUCCCUGUGCCUCGACUCCACACCCACACAAACACACGCAGCUUCUCUCACAGGGCUGGUAUUGACACUUUUCCUGGUUCCAUUUAUUAUUUGAUCUCAUUAAGAGAAAUUCAAUCAGUAAUCUUGAUUUGUUUCGAGAGAUGCAGAUUUUAUUUUUCCUGAUCUUGCUCAUGAAAAAUUAAAACCAUGCACAUUAUGGUGAGUAAUUAACCUGCACACAUACUGGAUUCAUGGUGUACUGAAAUCCUAAUAAAAGAACCAUUUUCUAGUCUGUGGAUAAAUAGUAAAGAAAGGAAGAGAUUGUCUUGUAUAAGUGGUUGCAAUUUUACCAGUGUCUAACUCAUCUUAAUCUAUACAGUGUUUAAAGACCAAUAAUAUACAAAGUGCAGGCUUUAAAGUGCUCCACAGUGUUUGAAUACUUUAGUGCUGUGUUCAUAGAUGCACAUCAAACUGAAAUAACAAAGGAAGUAUUGUCUUAAAAGUGUAUUUAAUAAAAUGCCAGCUGCCCUUUUUUGUAAGGUACACACUAAGAAAGCUAAUGGAGUCAGGAGAGGGUGGCAGGACUAGGCCGCUUUGCUAUGUGAUAGUGAUGCCACCUGGUGUUUAAAUACAAAAAUGCAGAAUUCACACCAGAGAGCUCGAGAUGGGCUCUUCAAAACUCUGACCGAACAAAAUGUUCCGUCAUUACUCAAGGAGGUACAUCAGUUUGACCGUGGGACUAACCAGCCUCUAGCCUGGUUGACGAUGGCUCAUUCAAGAUGCAGUUGACCCUUUGUGGAAAACAGUUGCCUCUUUUUUUUCUUCUGCUUUUUGUGGUAAUACUUCUUUCUGUUCUAUUUCUUUGUUCUCUACUCACAUUGUUUACUUUUUAUUCACUUAAUUUAUUUCCUAACAAUAAUAACAAGAAAACAUUGAGGUGUUACCAAAAGCUGUUUUGCAAUUUGUACAAGUUUGUUGGAAAGUCUAUACAUUCAAUAAAAUGGAUGGAAACCAAC